AUGAAUUUCCCGACCGACGUUUUUCUCUCGGACAAAUCGAAGUUUUCUCGACCCACAAUAUGUCGCCCUAGUUUUUCCACAUCAAUUCUCCUCUCAAAAUUCCCUAAAUUUCUUCCCCCGGCAAGAGAAACUCCAGCAGCAAAUCUCCAGUGGAAGAAGACCAUUAGCCAAGCAGAAACCGGCGAUCGAAGCACCAAUUACCAACGAGGCGAGUCGGACCCGAGCGACCAAGACCAGCCCUUGUACCUGGCUGAAGCAGAUCUCCUCGGCAAAGCAGACCGUCGGCGAUCGAGAGCAGACCAAUCACGGCUGAGACGAGCGUACAAGGUUUCUGAGUGCACUCUGGAGCAAGCAGCCUUCCAGCAUCGAGCUUUGGCCGAAGAACCGCCGGGGCCGAGUUAUCCCGGCCAGAUUCACCUUUCCAUUGGUGCUUAUAUAGCUUGUGCGGGCCUACUGACUUUGGUGUACGGCCGCACGAUCCACGAACAAAUACUCAAGCACGGGAAAUGCAGCCAUGGAUUUGCUGUGAAAAUGAGAUUUGAACUCGAUCCCAGACCUGCAAAUCGUGCUUACUUCUCUGGAUGA